UCAAAUGAACGAGCCCGAAAAAAUAUAUUUUGAAACAUCUGUCAUAAAUCGACAGGAACUCAAAAUUUUUCAAAUUUAACGCCAGAUUUUUUUGUAGAAAUGUAACUUUGGUUUAAUCUUUUUAGUAUCUGUUUACGUCGUCUAUCGCAAAGUAUCCAUUAUCCAAAAUGACGACAUACACCCAAAAGAAAGCUCUUAUGUUUAGGAAAGCGAAAGAUGUACAGCCGGAACGGAGAAGAUCAGAAUCGAGACUGAAAACCUAUCCUUCGUCGACCGAUGUCCGAAAUUGGUGCGAUAUCGUCGAAGAUCGCAGACAACAUAUCUUAGAAUUGGCCACAAAGGACAUUUCAAAAUACAUAGGAAAAGUUAUACCCAUAGAAGUAAUCAUAAAUGCCCUAUUAGCAAUGGCCAACUCUGACAUAACACAGCUCAAAAGUUGUUUAAAACAACUGUGGACUUUCAUAUCCAGUUUGGAUUUAAACGAUGAAAAUAGGAAACAGCUGAGUUCUUUGACUAGUCGGAUGGCCAAAGUAUGCUUGGAAGAUUCUGGGCGAGAAGUAUCUCGGGACUCAGCUGUCCCAGCGGACGGAGCGGAUUCAGCUGUCCCAGCGGGCAGAGCGGAGUCAGGUGUUUCAGCGGACAUAGCGGACUCAGCUGUCCAAGCGUGCAGAAUGGACUCAGCUGUUUCAGCGGGCAGAGCGGGCUCAGCGUGUAGAAUGGACUCAGCUGCCACAGCGGGCAGAGCGGGCUCAGCUGUUUCAGCGGGUAGAGCGGGCAGAGCGGACCCAGCUGCCCCAGCGGGCAGAGCGGGCUCGGCUGUUUCAGCGGGUAGAGCGGGCAGAGCGGACUCAGCUGACCCAGCGGGCUCAGCUGUUCCAGCGGGCAGAGCGGACUCAGCUGUCCCAGCGGACUCCGCCGACGACGAAAAAAUGCGUGCGGUUAGUGAAGAAUUUAUGCAAACCGUUGUGGCACCGCUUAAAAUGAAGGCAAAGCAGGGCAGUGACUAUAUGCAAGGUUCUGGAGCACCGCUUGCCGCCGAGGAAUGUUUAGAGAAAGAAGAAUGUACAGGGAAAACACGCCAAGAGAGAGAAAGAGCUAAACUCGGCAAGUUCUUGCAGGACCAACCGACUAUAAAACUUAAAAGUCAGUCGCCCCAUAAAAUGGUAUCCAAAAUUAAAGAUCUUCCGUCUGACUUUGAACCAGUGGAUGAUCCGGCAAAGCCUGGCCGAAUAACGAUAAAAGCACGUGCGAAGAAUCGGCACAAAACAUCCAGCGAGUCAGUGGAGACGGGACAUCCUAACGAUGAUAAAGAGGCAUUGGCGGAUCCUGAUAGAUUGGCUGCAGCUGAAGCCUUGUGUGAGGAACAAAAAGCCAAAAUACAACAGCUAAGUAACGAACGUGAUGGUUUGAAGAAGAAACUCGAAGCAUGCCUAAAUGAGUUGGAUCAAUUUAAAAAAUUACAAACGGUCACCAACCCAUCACUUCCGGCAUCUUGUCAGCAAGAAAUCGAAGCUUUAGAAGCAGAGAUCAAGAUCAUGCGAAGCGGAAACCCGUCUCCUGAGGAGGAAGCCCAGAUCAUCAAGCGAGAAGUUGAAAUUCUUAAGCGGUACUGCAGCAAACUUAAGGAAGUGGAAACUGAAAACGAAAAACUUAAGGUAGAGCUGGGUAGCAGAGUCGCUCUAAAAGACAGCGAACCUGAUUUGAUACAACAAGAAAAAAUGGACACCCUAAAGGAAAAAUUAGAUCACUUAGAAGCCCUAACUGAAGAAAGGGACGCCCUAGCCAAUAAAGUUCAGCUACUGGAAAAGCAACUGAUGCAGUACGAAAACGUCCCCGAAGACUUGGAACUAUUGAAGAACAGAUCGGAUAUGUUGGAUACGGUUCUGGAAGAACGAGACAAGAUGAGUCAGAAGGUGAAGAGCUUGAAAGAGGUGGAGUCAGAAUUGAUGAAGUAUAAACAGAAGGCGGAAAGAGUGGAUGAACUGGAGCGCGAAUUGAGGAAUAUGUCCAAAGGUGAUCGGUCGUCAGGGGUGGAUUUGAAGAAAUCGAGAUCGGUGGCGGACAAUUUGGAGAGGGAACUGCAAAACGUCAUGUCGGAGAGGGACGCCAUGGCUAAGAGGAUAGAGAGUAUGAAGAAGGAGAUGGAUAAUCAGAAAGCGAAGGUAACGGAGGCGGAGAUGAUGAGAUUGGAGAGGGAUAGGUUGCAGAUCAAGCUUAAUGAAUUAAGCGAUGUACAGAACCAAUACGAAGACAUGAUGAACAAAAUGAAAAUAUUCGACAACAUCAAGGCGGAAAGGGACAUGUACAAGCAAAAGUACGAGGAGGUUCUAGAAAUGGAGUGCCGAUGCGAGAUGUUGAAGGCUCAGGUGGAUGAGGCCCGCACGAUAGGUCGAGAAAGAGACCAACUGCAGAGACAAGUGGAAGAUUUGGAGGCUUGCAUCUGCGAACAGGAGAACGAAAUUAGGAGUCUGGUGAUACAGGUGGACAGUAUAACGAAGAAUAAGAGCAGCAAAGAUGGCCAAAUGAACACCAUGAUCGAUACGAUGAAAAAAGAUAUCGAGGCAAAGGAUAAAAUGAUAGCGGCUUCCCAAGAACAACUGAUUCAAGCCCAACAAACCUCGCUUAAAAUAAAAGAACUAGAAAAGCAGCUCCAUCGCGCCGAGCACACCAUUCUCCAAAAAGAAUGUCACAUUAGGUGCCUAGAGGACGAAUUAAAAUGCAAAACGGGCACCAUAGACGCGAGUAAAAAGUUGAACAAAGAAGAAAUCAAAACGCUGGAGCAAAUGAAGAAGGAGCUGGCGAUGGCGACUAACGAGAACAAGAGGCUGCAAGAGAUCGCGAACAAAAUCGCGUGCACCAGCGGAGACGAUCACAUGAAGAAGAUGCUGAAGCAGUCGGAGUGCGCGGUGAAGCGGAUCGUGCAGGAGCUGGGCAAACAGUACAAGGAGUGGGAUCACGGCGUGAAGGGCAAGCUUCCCAAAGGGAAGUACGCUCCCGGAGUGCACGAGUGCCUGUGUAAAAUGGAAGCUUCGAGCGAUGACGAUUGCAAGAAACUCAGAGAAGAGUUAGAGGAGCUUCAAAGGGAGAAGCAAAAAUUGGAAAUGUCGGUCAGACAGAUCCAAACUUUGGGUAUUCGCAGAAGCGCGUGCACUUGUCAAAAAGAACUCAUUAAUGAACAGGCGAUGAACGAAAAAUUUGAGCAAGAUUCACGACGUGAAAUUACUGUAGGUCAACCAUUGGAUUCAAAUAAAAAAUCAUAAC